AUGCAGUGGAAGGUGCCCCUGCUUGUGGGGCUCAUCGUGCUGAGAACCCAUGUCUGCAGCUGCAAAUUUGUAGACAUUGAUAAGAACUCGAAGGAUUUCGCCAGUGCUGUGGAGUAUGCUGUGUUUCAGUUCAAUGAGGACCAGGAAGAUGAGUUUGCCUACAAGUUUCUGCAGGUACGCCGGAGCCAGCACAAGAGAUGGACGUUGAUAUAUUUAAUGGACUUGGAGAUGGGGCGUACAGUUUGUAAGAAACAUGAUGAAGACAUUGACAAUUGCCCAUUGCAAGAAGGCACAGGAGAGAAAAUGUUCACCCUCCUGAACAGCACCUGUGUGGAGAGAAGGUGGUGA